AUGCGGCGGUCUCUGUCUCUAGUGGCGGCCUGGGCAGACUGGGCGGAAGCCGGGUACGGCCCGUUGCAGUGGAUGUCUCAUGAGCAGAAGGUGUUCAUCGCCCGGCUCUCCCUCUACUGGGUGUCGUUCAGGCGUGGUUUUGAGGAGAAAAACGCCCCCACUGCCAACGAAACCCCCGUGCAACACCACCGUCGCCGUACAACCAAGGAGGCGUUUCUGCAUUUCCGUCCCAUCCUCUCAAGCGUGACUCGGGUUGUGGGAAAAUCAAACGGGGACCCGGGUUCGGCGGUUCCUGGAACGGGCGGCAGUGGUGCUUUGGUCGUCGUUGGAGGUGCCAGCAGCAGGACAGUACCCAGGGAGGGGAGCGAGAUUUUCGGCGGGGGGGAAACUUCGAGAACGAGCCGAGUUUUCGUCCGAGAUGAGGGAGGCGUGCUUAGGGUCGAGGUUGUAGAGGCGGAACGAAAGAACGGAGGCCGACCGAAGAGCGGGGUUUCCAUACUGGACGAGGCGUUCGGGAAAGAAGCUUGGCGAGAAACGGGCUUGGAGGAGCUGUUGUGGCUGGACUGCUCUUGCCGGCAGUACCUGGCUCUUCGGCUUGCUCAGCAGUUGUCAUCCUGGCCGGCAUCAGGCCGUAAAAGGUGGUUAUUCCAGAGAGAAAUAAACCCGUUCAAGGUGCAAGUGGCCUUCGCCGUAGCCCUACCCACAGGCGACCGUGAGGCGCCUAGGAACCCAGGCAUCUCCGAUCGAGCAUUCUAG